AUGCAGGGUAGCAAGCCUGCUCCUACUCCUCUUGACAGCAAGCUGAAGCUAGAUAUUGAAGGAGAACUUCUUACUGAUGUUUGCAGUUACCAAUGUCUGGUAGGCAAGCUCAUCUACCUCACCAUUACAAGACUAGACCUUACUCAUGUAGUAAGCUUGGUGAGUCGAUUCGUGCACUCUCCUACCACUCAUCAUCUCAGCAUUGUUAAAAGAAUUUUGCGCUACUUAAAAGGCACAGUAAGCCGAGGAAUUGUGAUGAGAAACAAUGAUGACUUCAAGAUGGAAGGAUACUCAGAUUCAGAUUGGGCCGGUAAUGUCAUUGAUAGAAAAUUCACCACUGGCUAUUGUACCUUCAUUGGAGGCAACCUCGUCACUUGA